AUGGCGCAGUUUAUUCUCAAGCUUUGUUUCCGCGUAGCCUCUCUCGUUGUACUUCUUCCUCUGGCUUCAGGUUGUGAAUUGAAAGCUAUUGGUCUGGCUAGUGGUGGAAGAAUUCCAGACAGCAGCUUCUCCGCCUCAUCCCAUUAUAGUUCUGGGUAUAUACCCUCUUAUGCUCGACUGAAUGGAAGUAACCGAGGUUGGGCACCCAAGACUACUUCUGAUCCUGCCGACUACCUGCAGAUUGAUCUUCUGUAUGAGUAUGUUAUCUGUGCUGUUGCUACUCAAGGAGCUUAUGGUAUUAAUGAGUGGACAACAAAGUAUAAGAUUGGCUUAUCAAUGGAUGGUACCACUAUGGUCACGUAUCAAGAAAACAACGUUGAUAGGGUCUUUCCCGGAAACUCAAAUCAAAAUGGCAUCGUAAAAAACCGUCUACAGGAAUUUGCAACUGCAAAAUACAUCCGCUUUCAACCAACAACGUUUUACGGAUGGAAGGCGCUGAGAGUGGAAGUUUAUGGAGUACUUUUAACAAAAGGUUGUGAAUUGAAAGCUAUUGGUUUGGCUAGUGGUGGACGAAUUCCAGACAGCAGCUUCUCCGCCUCAUCACAUUAUAGUUCUGGGUAUAUACCCUCUUAUGCUCGACUGAAUGGAAGUAACCGAGGUUGGGCACCCAAGACUAAUUCUGAUCCUGCCGACUACCUGCAGAUUGAUCUUCUGUAUGAGUAUGUUAUCUGUGCUGUUGCUACUCAAGGAGCUUAUGGUAUUAAUGAGUGGACAACAAAGUAUAAGAUUGGCUUAUCAAUGGAUGGUACCACUAUGGUCACCUACCAAGAAAACAAUGUCGACAGGGUCUUUCCCGGAAACUCAAAUCAAAAUGGCAUCGUAAAAAAUAGUCUACAGGAAUUUGCCACUGCAAAAUACAUCCGCUUUCAACCAACAACAUAUUACGGAUGGAAGGCUCUAAGAGUGGAGGUUUAUGGAGUACUUCAAACAAAAGGUUGUGAAUUGAAAGCUGUUGGUCUAGCUAAUGGUGGAAGAAUUCCAGACAGCAGCUUCUCCGCCUCAUCGCAUUAUAGUUCUGGGUAUAUACCUUCUUACGCUCGACUGAAUGGAAGUAACCGAGGUUGGGCACCCAAGACUACUUCUGAUCCUGCCGACUACCUGCAGAUUUAUCUUCUGCAUGAGUAUGUUAUCUGUGCUGUUGCUACUCAAGGAGCUUAUGGUAUUAAUGAGUGGACAACAAAGUAUAAGAUUGGCUUAUCAAUGGAUGGUACCACUAUGGUCACGUAUCAAGAAAACAACGUUGAUAGGGUCUUUCCCGGAAACUCAAAUCAAAAUGGCAUCGUAAAAAACCGUCUACAGGAAUUUGCAACUGCAAAAUACAUCCGCUUUCAACCAACAACGUUUUACGGAUGGAAGGCGCUGAGAGUGGAAGUUUAUGGAGUACUUUUAACAAAAGGUUGUGAAUUGAAAGCUAUUGGUUUGGCUAGUGGUGGACGAAUUCCAGACAGCAGCUUCUCCGCCUCAUCCCAUUAUAGUUCUGGGUAUAUACCCUCUUAUGCUCGACUGAAUGGAAGAAACCGAGGUUGGGCACCCAAGACUAAUUCUGAUCCUGCCGACUACCUGCAGAUUGAUCUUCUGUAUGAGUAUGUUAUCUGUGCUGUUGCUACUCAAGGAGCUUAUGGUAUUAAUGAGUGGACAACAAAGUAUAAGAUUCGCUUAUCAAUGGAUGGUACCACUAUGGUCACUUACCAAGAAAACAACGUUGACAGGGUCUUUCCCGGAAACUCAAAUCAAAAUGGCAUCGUAAAAAACAGUCUUCAGGAAUUCGCCACUGCAAAAUACAUCCGCUUUCAACCAACAACAUAUUACGGAUGGAAGGCUCUAAGAGUUGAAGUUUAUGGGCUACUUCAAGGAAGAGGUUGUGAAUUGAAAGCUAUUGGUCUGGCCAGUGGUGGUACAAUUCCAGACAGCAGCUUCUCUGCCUCAUCGCAUUUUAAUAAUAAGUAUUUACCUUCUUAUGGUCGACUAAAUGAAAAUAAGCGGGGUUGGGCACCCAAGACUAAUUCCAAUCCUUCCGACUACCUCCAAAUUGACCUUCUGUAUGAGUAUGUUAUCUGUGCUGUUGCUACCCAAGGAGCUAAUGGUAUCAACGAGUGGACAACAAACUACAAGAUUGGCUUAUCAAUGGAUGGUACCACUAUGGUCACGUAUCAAGAAAACAACGUUGAUAGGGUUUUUCCCGGAAACUCAAAUCAAAAUGGUAUCGUAAAGAACAGUCUACAGGAAUUCGCCAGUGCAAAAUACAUCCGCUUUCAACCAACAACAUAUUACGGAUGGAAGGCUCUAAGAGUGGAAGUUUAUGGAGUACUUCUAAAGAAAGAUUGUGAAUUGAAAGCUAUUGGUCUGGCUAGUGGUGGACGAAUUCCAGACAGCAGCUUCUCCGCCUCAUCACAUUAUAGUUCUGGGUAUAUACCCUCUUAUGCUCGACUGAAUGGAAGUAACCGAGGUUGGGCACCCAAGACUAAUUCUGAUCCUGCCGACUACCUGCAGAUUGAUCUUCUGUAUGAGUAUGUUAUCUGUGCUGUUGCUACUCAAGGAGCUUAUGGUAUUAAUGAGUGGACAACAAAGUAUAAGAUUGGCUUAUCAAUGGAUGGUACCACUAUGGUCACCUACCAAGAAAACAAUGUCGACAGGGUCUUUCCCGGAAACUCAAAUCAAAAUGGCAUCGUAAAAAAUAGUCUACAGGAAUUUGCCACUGCAAAAUACAUCCGCUUUCAACCAACAACAUAUUACGGAUGGAAGGCUCUAAGAGUGGAAGUUUAUGGAGUACUUCAAACAAAAGGUUGUGAAUUGAAAGCUGUUGGUCUAGCUAAUGGUGGAAGAAUUCCAGACAGCAGCUUCUCCGCCUCAUCGCAUUAUAGUUCUGGGUAUAUACCUUCUUACGCUCGACUGAAUGGAAGUAACCGAGGUUGGGCACCCAAGACUACUUCUGAUCCUGCCGACUACCUGCAGAUUUAUCUUCUGCAUGAGUAUGUUAUCUGUGCUGUUGCUACUCAAGGAGCUUAUGGUAUUAAUGAGUGGACAACAAAGUAUAAGAUUGGCUUAUCAAUGGAUGGUACCACUAUGGUCACGUAUCAAGAAAACAACGUUGAUAGGGUCUUUCCCGGAAACUCAAAUCAAAAUGGCAUCGUAAAAAACCGUCUACAGGAAUUUGCAACUGCAAAAUACAUCCGCUUUCAACCAACAACGUUUUACGGAUGGAAGGCGCUGAGAGUGGAAGUUUAUGGAGUACUUUUAACAAAAGGUUGUGAAUUGAAAGCUAUUGGUUUGGCUAGUGGUGGAAGAAUUCCAGACAGCAGCUUCUCCGCCUCAUCCCAUUAUAGUUCUGGGUAUAUACCCUCUUAUGCUCGACUGAAUGGAAGUAACCGAGGUUGGGCACCCAAGACUAAUUCUGAUCCUGCCGACUACCUGCAGAUUGAUCUUCUGUAUGAGUAUGUUAUCUGUGCUGUUGCUACUCAAGGAGCUUAUGGUAUUAAUGAGUGGACAACAAAGUAUAAGAUUCGCUUAUCAAUGGAUGGUACCACUAUGGUCACUUACCAAGAAAACAACGUUGACAGGGUCUUUCCCGGAAACUCAAAUCAAAAUGGCAUCGUAAAAAACAGUCUUCAGGAAUUCGCCACUGCAAAAUACAUCCGCUUUCAACCAACAACAUAUUACGGAUGGAAGGCUCUAAGAGUUGAAGUUUAUGGGCUACUUCAAGGAAGAGGUUGUGAAUUGAAAGCUAUUGGUCUGGCUAGUGGUGGAAGAAUUCCAGACAGCAGCUUCUCCGCCUCAUCGCAUUAUAGUUCUGGGUAUAUACCCUCUUAUGCUCGACUGAAUGGAAAUAACCGGGGUUGGGCACCCAAGACUACUUCUGAUCCUGCCGACUACCUGCAGAUUGAUCUUCUGUAUGAGUAUGUUAUCUGUGCUGUUGCUACUCAAGGAGCUUAUGGUAUUAAUGAGUGGACAACAAAGUAUAAGAUUGGCUUAUCAAUGGAUGGUACCACUAUGGUCACGUAUCAAGAAAACAACGUUGAUAGGGUUUUUCCCGGAAACUCAAAUCAAAAUGGUAUCGUAAAGAACAGUCUACAGGAAUUCGCCAGUGCAAAAUACAUCCGCUUUCAACCAACAACAUAUUACGGAUGGAAGGCUCUAAGAGUGGAAGUUUAUGGAGUACUUCUAAAGAAAGAUUGUGAAUUGAAAGCUAUUGGUCUGGCUAGUGGUGGACGAAUUCCAGACAGCAGCUUCUCCGCCUCAUCACAUUAUAGUUCUGGGUAUAUACCCUCUUAUGCUCGACUGAAUGGAAGUAACCGAGGUUGGGCACCCAAGACUAAUUCUGAUCCUGCCGACUACCUGCAGAUUGAUCUUCUGUAUGAGUAUGUUAUCUGUGCUGUUGCUACUCAAGGAGCUUAUGGUAUUAAUGAGUGGACAACAAAGUAUAAGAUUGGCUUAUCAAUGGAUGGUACCACUAUGGUCACCUACCAAGAAAACAAUGUCGACAGGGUCUUUCCCGGAAACUCAAAUCAAAAUGGCAUCGUAAAAAAUAGUCUACAGGAAUUUGCCACUGCAAAAUACAUCCGCUUUCAACCAACAACAUAUUACGGAUGGAAGGCUCUAAGAGUGGAAGUUUAUGGAGUACUUCAAACAAAAGGUUGUGAAUUGAAAGCUGUUGGUCUAGCUAAUGGUGGAAGAAUUCCAGACAGCAGCUUCUCCGCCUCAUCGCAUUAUAGUUCUGGGUAUAUACCUUCUUACGCUCGACUGAAUGGAAGUAACCGAGGUUGGGCACCCAAGACUACUUCUGAUCCUGCCGACUACCUGCAGAUUGAUCUUCUGUAUGAGUAUGUUAUCUGUGCUGUUGCUACUCAAGGAGCUUAUGGUAUUAAUGAGUGGACAACAAAGUAUAAGAUUGGCUUAUCAAUGGAUGGUACCACUAUGGUCACCUACCAAGAAAACAAUGUCGACAGGGUCUUUCCCGGAAACUCAAAUCAGAAUGGCAUUGUAAAAAACAGUCUACAGGAAUUCGCCACUGCAAAAUACAUCCGCUUUCAACCAACAACAUAUUACGGAUGGAAGGCUCUAAGAGUGGAAGUUUAUGGGCUACUUCUAAGAAGAGGUUGUGAAUUGAAGGCUAUUGGUCUGGCUAGUGGUGGAAGAAUUCCAGACAGCAGCUUCUCCGCCUCAUCACAUUAUAGUUCUGGGUAUAUACCCUCUUAUGCUCGACUGAAUGGAAAUACCCGGGGUUGGGUACCCAGGACCAAGUCUGAUCCUGCAGACUACCUCCAAAUUAACCUUCUGUAUGAGUAUGUUAUUUGUACCGUUGCUACUCAAGGAGGUAGAGGUUUGAAUGAGUGGACAACAAACUACAAGAUUCGCUUGUCAGUGGAUGGUACCACUAUGGUCACGUAUCAAGAAAACAAUGUUGACAGGGUCUUUCCCGGAAACUCAAAUCAAAAUGGCAUCGUAAAAAACAGUCUACAGGAAUUCGCCACUGCAAAAUACAUCCGCUUUCAACCAACAACAUAUUACGGAUGGAAGGCUCUAAGAGUGGAAGUUUAUGGGCUACUUCUUAGAAGAGGUUGUGAAUUGAAAGCUAUUGGUCUGGCUAGUGGUGGAAGAAUUCCAGACAGCAGCUUCUCCGCCUCAUCGCAUUAUAGUUCUGGGUAUAUACCCUCUUAUGCUCGACUGAAUGGAAAUAACCGGGGUUGGGCACCGAAGACUAAUUCCGAUCCUGCCGACUACCUGCAGAUUGAUCUUCUGUAUGAGUAUGUUAUCUGUGCUGUUGCUACUCAAGGAGCUUAUGGUAUUAAUGAGUGGACAACAAAGUAUAAGAUUCGCUUAUCAAUGGAUGGUAUAACUGUGGUCACCUACCAAGAAAGCAAUGUUGACAGGAUUCAUUCAAGUCGCACUAAGAUGAGUGCCUCGAACAGAGGAGAAGACAAAACACCGCAACUGUUUUCGCCAAGUGUGUCCACUACUUCAAGUAAACGUUCCGUUUUGAGAAAGAAAUCGCAAGCCGAGAAGUUAGCCCUUGAACAAAAAAUGGCCGAUCAAACGUUCGCAAAUGAGGUCGAGAGUCUGCGAGCCGAACAACUGCAGCGUGCAAAGCGUUUGGAACUUCAAAAGAAAGCUGAAGAAUCAAGAUUGGAAUAUGACUUCGAAAAUUCCAUCACCCAGGAAGACGACCUGGAAAUUACUGAAAACACUGUUGUUGAAAAACCUGAAAUUAAAUCUACUAAACCAGAGGUCGUAACAGAGGUUGCUAGUCAACCCUGUAAAAAGGAUACACGUGAGUCAUCUAUUGCUAAAGGUCAAGCUGCUUUGAAAACCUCUGCCACAGGAAACCCUAGCGUGCAGACGUCGAAGAUAGAUCAGUUGUUUGAGAAAAUGCUGCCAGCCUUUGUGAAAAUCAUUGAACCAAAUGUGCAGAAAUUUAAUGGAAAUCCACUAGAGUACUCAAAAUUCAAAGUAGCGUUUAAUGUUGAAGUAGAUAAAAGGGAAGUUUACGAUGCAACAGAGAAGCUUAAAUUUCUGCUAGAUUCUGUAGAUAGAAAUGCAAAAUCAUGUCUGGCGAAAUUCACGAUAAGUUCAAACAGAUACGAGGAGGCAUGGACUGCGCUUCAAGAGCGUUUUGGCCGUGUAGACACAGUUUUAUGGGCCGAGUUCGUUGAAGGAAAACCAAAGUUGUCAACCUGGGAUUCAUUUGCCAAUUGGCUGGAAAAAGAGGCAAAAAUCAGUGAGUCCAAGCAGCGGUGGAUGCCAGAGAAGAGAGAGUGGAGGCGUUCAGAUACAUCUAAAGUUGAAAGGCGAAUAGAUACAAAGAACUGUGACAUGCGUCAUCAUACCCUCGUACAUAAAGUCGACUUGAAAUUCAUUGAACGGGCAAAAGCGAAACGUGAAUCAGAACGAGUGCCAGACGUUGAGAGAGAUCCAGCACAAGUUUCCUUGGAAGGUGAAGACUUGUCACCACGUCAGGCUGUGGAGCGCUACGAGGGGUAUCGCCAAUCAGCGUACGUAGGUUGUGAAGCUGGUGGUUGUGCUUUGGUUGAAGUACUUCCUAUAGUUGUCUUCGGAGAAAAAGGAAAACAAGAAGUGAUGGCUUCGCGUGACUCAGGCUGUAACACAACACUUAUGGAUGAAAGUUUAGCGCUCUCACUUGGACUUCAAGGCAAAGAUGUAGAUCGCGAAAUUCAAGGAGUAAAUAUGCGGAAGGUGUUUACUUCCCAGCACAUCAAGAAAUGCCGUGUCGCACGAGUCGGAAGAGACGAACUCCAGUACUCUUUGCGAGAUGUGAGAACAAUUCCUCGCCUGAAUGGUCCGGAUCAGAAGUUGAAGUGGUCAACAGUCAAGCAAGAGUAUCAGCACCUGAAGAACUUGGACUUACGUGACACCGACACAGGUCCAGUGCAACUCAUAAUUGGAACUAAAAACUCUGAUUUGAUUCUAUCAAAACAAAUUGUGAAACCCUCUGGUCAACCGGCAGUUGACAGAGUACCUUAUGCAGUUGAGACCUUACUUGGAUGGGCAGUGAAUAACUGGUUAUCUGGUGAGCGAAGAGUAGCAUCUCCGUACAAUAGGUUCAUGGUGUAUGAAAGAAGUUCACUUGAAGAUGAGGAGCUAAAGCAGCCGGUCGUGGCUCGGUCAGAGAUAGAAACGUUAGGUGAAGUGAAGUUAGCAGAUCCAAGCCGUUCGAUUGAGAACAAGCGAGCAUUGUCACUAAUGGAAAGACAACCUUUAAGAAUGCGAGUGAAGAUGCGUAUUUGUCAGGCCUACGUUGGAGAGAAGAGAAACCAUCUCUACCCAGCAAUUACGAAAUGGCAAAAGAAGAGGCUGCAAUCCCUAGAGAAGAAGUUUGAGGGCUUCCCCGAGGUCUUUCCCGGAAACUCAAAUCAAAAUGGCAUCGUAAAAAACCGUUUACAGGAAUUUGCAAGUGCAAAGUAUAUCCGCUUUCAACCAACAACAUAUUACGGAUGGAAGGCACUGAGAGUGGAAGUUUAUGGAGUACUUCUAACAAAAGUUCCAUCCCAACCUCCUACUGCCUUCAAGUUAACUGCAAGCUCUUCUACCAGUAUCAUAGCGUCCAGGCAGUUGCCACUAGUCUCUGCUGGACAUGGAAGAAACAUUACUGGAUUUAAACUGUUCUACAGAAAGAAAGGUUCUGUCGGAUCAGCAACAACCUUGACUAUAAGCAGUGGAUCAACAUUAAGUAGAAAUGUCACCGGGCUUGAUAAGUACACAGAAUACGAAUUUCAAGUGUUGGCCUUCACUUCUGAUGGUGAUGGACCAAAGAGCCCUGUUGAGGUGCAGAGAACAAUGGAAGAUGCUCCAUCACAAGCCCCGAGGAGCUUCAGUGCGACUGCAGUUACUUCUACAAUGAUCACAGCAUCCUGGCAGUUACCACCAGCAGACUCCAGAAAUGGAGUAAUCGUAGGGUUCAAAUUAUUCUACAAAAAGAGUGGCUCCGUUGGGCGAGCAAGCACCCUGACCAUUAACAAUGGAACAGCAUUAAGUAAAGAUGUCACUGGGCUUGAAAACAACACGGAAUAUGAAUUUGAAGUGUUGGCUUUUACUUUAGUUGGUGAUGGACCAAAGACUUCCCCUGUAGUGACCUUUAACUGGAGGUACCAAAAGGAGAGAUUCGAGACAUCCAUGUCCUUUUUACAUCCAAUCCAUUAUCCCUUAUACAAUUCUUAUUAUGAAUAUGUUAUGAUACGUGCAAAUGUAAAUUUUGUUUCUUUAGGGGCCUGUGUUGAUUUUGACCUUGGAAUGGAAAGUGGAACAAUCCCAGAUAGUAAUAUAAUUGCUUCUUCUGAAGAAAGUGCCAGCACACCAGGCAAGAAUGGUCGACUGAACUACGCAUCAGGAUCAUCAUGGUGUGCAGGAACAAGUGACACUAGCCCAUAUCUACAGGUUGAUCUACAGACACUUCAUAUCAUCUGUGCUGUGUCCACUCAGGGGAAUUCUCAAGCAGAUCAGUGGGUGAAGAACUACACGCUACAAUUAUCCACUGAAGGGACAACCUGGACAGACUAUAAGGAAGGUGGACAAGUUAAGUUUCUGAGGGGAAAUGCUGACAGAGAGUCAGAAGUGAAGCAUUUUGUGUAUGGAGUAUUACUCAGAUAUCUGCGAUUCCUGCCACGAACACACCAGGGUAGGGUGUGUAUGAGGAUAGAGGUGUUUGGAGUGGAAAAAAAGCCUACUUGUGAAAUGGAGGCCAUUGGUCUGGCUAGCAAGGGCACAAUUCCAGACAGCAGCUUCUCUGCCUCAUCGUAUUAUAGUGCUGGGUAUAUACCCUCUAAUGGUCGACUGAAUGGAAAUAGCCUGAGUUGGGCACCCACGACGAAUUAUGAUCCUUCCGACUACCUCCAAAUUGACCUUUUGUAUGAGUAUGUUAUCUGUGGUGUUGCUACUCAAGGAGCUAAUGGUAUUAAUGAGUGGACAACAAAGUAUAAGAUGCGCUUAUCAACGGAUGGUACCACUAUGGUCACCUACCAAGAAAACAAUGUUGAAAGGGUCUUUCCCGGAAAUUCAAACCAAAAUGGCAUUGUAAAAAACAGUCUACAGGAAUUUGCAAGUGCAAAGUACAUCCGCUUUCAACCAACAACAUAUUACGGAUGGAAGGCGCUGAGAGUGGAAGUUUAUGGAAUACUUCUAACAAAAGUUCCAUCACAACCUCCGGCAGCCUUCAAGUUAACUGCAAGCUCUUCUACCAGCAUCACAGCUUCCUGGCAGUUGCCACCAGUCUUUGCCAGACAUGGAAGAAACAUUACAGGGUUUAAACUGUUCUACAGAAAGAAAGGUUCUGUGGGGUCAGCAACAACCCUGACUAUAAGCAGUGGAUCGACAUUAAGUAGAAAUGUCACCUGGCUUGAUAAGUACACAGAGUACGAAUUUCAAAUGUUGGCCUUCACCUCUGAUGGUGAUGGACCAAAGAGCGCUGUUGAGGUGGAGAGAACAAAAGAAGAUGCUCCAUCACAAGCCCCGAGGAGCUUCAGUGCGACUGCAGUUACUUCUACAAUUAUCACAGCAUCCUGGCAGUUACCACCAGCAGACUCCAGAAAUGGAAUAAUUAUAGGAUUCAAAUUGUUUUACAAAAAGAGAGGCUCUGCUGGAGCAGCAACCCCCUUGACCAUGAACAAUGGAACAGCAUUAAGUAGAGAUGUCGCUGGGCUUGAUAUUUACACAGAAUAUGAAUUUGAAGUAUUGGCCUUUACUUCAGUUGGUGAUGGACCAAGGAGUUCUCCUGUAGUGGUGGUGAGAACCAUGAAAUGUGAUAAACCUCACGUCAAUGAUCUUCCUGAAAGAACCAUUACAGCAGUUGGCGAACUGGCGGUGUUGACUUGUGAUGUUAGUGGUGACCUUGAGGCUUCUGUUACCUGGACCAAAGAUGGACUUACCAGUAUACCUCGCGCUCAGUUCAAGAACAGCGGCAAGAUACUUAUUAUACAAGAUGUUGUCCCUGGUGACAGUGGCGUUUAUGAAUGUAAAGCAAUGAACUUGUUUGGAGAGAGCCGUACAUCUACGGUACUAAUUGUUGCUGUGCCACCCAGAAUUGUGGAAGAGCUUUCCCCUUCUGAAGUAAUUUGUGAAAAGCAAACUUUCAAACUCUGUUUUCUCUCAUGUCAAGCAUCAAGUUAUAUCCCGUUUAACUACUCUUGGACGAAGGAUGGCCAGGUUCCAACUAGUGAUAACAUCAAGUUGAUGAAUAACAGUAUCAUCGUCACGCCACGGGAUAGACAAGAUUAUGGAGAGUAUGUGUGUCACGCUACAAACAGCCUUGGAUCAAGAGAGUAUACAAUCACUCUGCUUUCUCCUAAAGGUAUACCACGAAGCAUCUUCCUUGCUAGUGUAAUCGCGCUGUGUUGUGCUGUGGUUGUGUUUCUCAUCAUAAUUUGUGGGCUGAUAUGGCAGCGGAGACGAGCUGUUCCCAGUGAAAGGACACAGGGUAAAGAAAAGGUUGACUUUCAUGGCGUCAAAACUUCACCUGAUCGACAGUCGAAUGAUGAACAAGCUUCAGACCCAAAUACGUAUAUGGAACUCAAAGCCAGGCUCCCGAACCAUAAACAGUCUCAUGUUCCAACUGAGUAUCAGUCGCUACAGGAAGUACCCACGAACCCCGAAUAUUACAAUAUGGUGCUUCAGAAAGAAAUUGGUGGGAAAAAAAAUGAAGAAGUGUAUGAUGAAAUAUGAUAAUCCCCAAAUAAUUUCCUCAAGAACAGACAUGACUACAAUUGGUUUCUGGUCAAGGCAGUUUAUCAGCCAAUUUACAGCAGUGCGGCUGUAAGAGCUUCCUCGGCUAGCAACGACUUUUAUUUGGUCGAUUCGAAAUUAAUUAUAUGAAUCUUUCUCGUAUUUUACGCAUACCUGUACUAUUAUAGGGAAUCCAUACUAUCAAGUGAGAUUUAAUCUGCAAUUGCAUAUCCCAGUGGCAGCAUGAAAAUUUCAAUUCGAGUUAAAGUGAGUUCUGAACCAGAAUUAAAGUUAAAGUACUGAAUUUGCAAACUCGUUUAAGAGCCAGUAGAUAUAAAAAGAGAGCAAAAUGUAAAAAUGUAAUGGAAGUUGUUCCUUAUAUUUUAACUUUUAAGGAAAAUUACAUUUUUUGAACCGUUUAUUAUGUUCUUAUACAUAGUAGAUUCUUCUAAAUCGUAAAACAAAUCUGGUUUGUACUCUUCCUUUGAAGAAAUUGAAAAAGUAUAGCUAACAGAAUAUUAUUGUUAGAUAUUUGUAGAUAGCUGAAUAGAAAAUUUACACUCUAGUCUCUUGAAGAUAUUUCUAAGUCAGCCUAUUUACAAAUUGAAGAAAAUGGGAGAUGAACGUUGUUCGUGUCUCACGAUAGAGUCACUUAGAGUCGACGUUUGGAAUAAUAAUGAGGAUCGAAAUGCACUGAUAGCAGCGUGCUACAAAUAGCGAAACGUAAACAAUCGACCUCAUCGCCUGAUGAAGACGAGCAGUAUUGUAGUCGAAACGUCGCGAUCUACAUCUUAAGUGACUCUAUCGUGAGACAAACGAACUAAGUUCAUCUCCUAUCUCCUAUAUUUUAUUAACCCUUUAACUCCCAGAUCAAAUUUGUAAUUCUCCCUACUGUCAACUAUACAAUUCUUAUAAUGUUCAUUCAGAGAAUUUAGUAUUGGAUCAACUAAUUAUCUCUAAAUUGAUAUUUUUCUUUAUUCUCAUCACUCAUCUGGUUGAUAUUGUAUUGAUACUGUAAGGAGAAAUUCUGCCUUGGUCACUCAUGGGAGUUAAAGGGUUAAAUUGAAAAAUGUUU